AUGUCGAAGAAGAACAAUAGCACGAACCAAACUUCCAGCCCCGAGGCGGUUGGUUUCAAGACACGCAGAUCACACAAAAAGUCCAGAUAUGGCUGCACAAAAUGCAAACAGCGCAGAAUCAAGUGCGACGAGCGUUCACCGAAAUGUUCAAGAUGCGAAAAAAUGAAUCUGAGCUGCCAAUAUCCCAAAAGAAAACCCAACCCUCUAGUACCGGAUGACUUUUUGAUAGAACACAUAGAUCCAUUGCUUCUGCAGUAUGGAUCUCAAACAAGUUAUGGGAUAGGCAGUCCCAGAGAUUCUGAUCAUUCGUCCGAAAGUCCAUUAUCAUCUGUAUCAAGUUUUGCUUCAGCUCAAUUGCUGGCUGCACUACCGAGGCAAGACCGAUGGCUUGAUUCAAAUUUGAUUUUGCAGGCAGCGCAGACGCUUAUACCCAUAGAUUUUGAGCUAUUUAAGCACUAUCUUGAGCAUACUAGCAAGGAUUUGACCGUUGGCGACGAAGAGCAACACACUCUGCAGAUCGGUAUUCCGAAUCUAGCCUGUCAGAGCAAACCUCUCAUGAAAUCCGUAUUGGCGAUAUCGGCAGUGUGCAAGUGUCUUGAUAUCAUCAACCGACAAUCAGCAUCCCGUGAAGACCGUGGCCAAGUCAUAGAGUUUCUAUCACUCGCAAAUAGAUAUCAUAUGGAGUCACUACGGGAAAUACAAGCGGCACUUCCUCAAACCAAGCACUACGACCAUAUUUUGGCUAAUGCGGCUAUGAUGGGAAUGUACGGUUCGGGCAGCCACUGUGCACGCAUCUGGUUAGCUAAAACGGCGGCUUUGGGUGACCAGUUACAGGAAGAUUUAAUGCCCAGACACUCUCAGUGGAUUAAACUCUUUCGCGCUGUUCAUUUGGCUUAUGAUGGACUUCUCAAAAAUGCUCAAUCUCCAGGGGAGACGGCACAGUUUAGUCUGGAUCCUUCUCCCGAUAAGCCCACGACGAGAAGCAGUCCCCAGAAACGCCAUGAAUAUCAAUUAUCACCUCGAGUUGAACUGCACAGAAGCCCAAUAAAUCAUACUUUGUAUCCCAUCAUGGCUGCUACAUUGGGUACAGCAUUGACAAACCUGCGCAGAAAGGCCCGGGAUCUCGCCGUUCUUGAAGCGAGAAACUCAAUAUCUGUUCGUGAGAAUUCGACAAUGUCAGCUACCCACGGAAAUCCUGAUAUUGAAGCGUGCUUUGUCGCUUUAAGUAUUCUCAGCAACAUUGUUUCAGAGACAUUUCCUACCGAUGAUUUGAUGACAAGCACACCACUGUCUUUCGAAGUCGAUGUUGACCCAGUAGGACAAUUGUCAGAAGUCUCUCCGUGGUUGCGAAGGUACACAGCCAGCAUAACGUCCAUGGUACCUUCAUCGCUUCCCCGCAGAUUUAUCAUGGCGUUUAUACAUAAAGUUCCCACCAAAUAUUUGAAUUUAGUCGAAGAGAUGCUCAGCCUCAUUCAAACCAAUACCCCAGACAGCAACUAUCAAAUUUCUUGGACGCCAGAGCCUGGUGUAGCGCACCAGCUUGCUAUCGACAUAUUCGCCCACUGGCUUGUUUUGGUUAUUCUGCUGGAUAAUGUGUGGUGGAUUGGUGACAUUGGAGCUUGGGAGCUUGGACGGAUUGUGUCAUUUAGAAAGAUGUGUUUGUGGUGGAGUAAGGACGAGGAUUGGUGGCCAGAGAGCAUGUUUGAGAUUAAGCAGCACUUUGAGAAGUACAGAACAAGGAAUUAG